UUCACCGAGAAGACCAGUGCACACUCCUCAUUAUUGAGACCGUUCUUCUCCCCCAUAGAUCGCUCCUCCACAAGACGCGGUUCAAUUGGGUUCCUUAGCCCACUCUAUCUCCAUACGUUGGAGAGCAUAAACCGGAACACUCCCUACCAACUUGACAUAACUGCAAUCAUAGCCGAGAUUUACAUUUGAAGCUUCAAUGGCGAUUUCAUCUCUCCCUUGUAUUCAACCUAUAAGAGUUCCUUUCAAAGCUUGUAGCUUCUUUCCUGCUGGUGUUUGUGGUGGAUUCAACAAUAAGAAAAUGAUAAAUGUUGUUGUUUUUUCUUCGUUGAGGAAAAUUUCCAACGAUAUCUACAUUGAAUACAAGGUUGAUACAUUGUUAGGCGUUAUCAAAUGGGAUGACAAAGGUUUAGCGUUGGCUAUAGCUCAAAAUGUUGACACUGGAGCCAUAUUAAUGCAAGGCUUUGUCAGCGAGGAUGCACUAGCUACAACUAUCACUUCUAGGAAGGCAACGUUUGAUCGAUCACGGGCAACAUUGUGGACAAAAGGAGAAACUUCCAACAAUUUUAUCAACAUUUAUGACAUAUUUGUUGAUUGUGAUCAUGAUUCGUUCGUUCUAAAUAACUUUCUCAUUGACAUCUUAUUGAUUGCUUAAUUUAUACAUAAUUGAAACUUCUCCUUAGAUAAUUUACCUUGGG